CACAACCCUGAGAUCACGACCUGAACCAAAAUCAGGAGCGGCUGCUUAAGCGACUGAGCCACCCAGGUGCCCCUCAUUUAAGAAAUAUUGAGCCAAGCCUUGUUAUGUGCAAGGAACAGGUAUAAAGUGAAACACAUUCUUAAAUGCUAAUGUUGAAACAUAUCCUAAGUGCAGAGGUGUGCCCCGAGAGUGAGCAUAGAGCUGGCACAAAUAAAGACGCAGAUGUUCUGUGAUUGCUGGGGACGCUGUCCAGUAGCCCCCAUUGCUGACUCCUUGUUUCCCCCGGGCCACGCUCCCUUUCUUCUUGCUCCUGCUGUGGAUGUAGGAUUUAUGGCAUGUCCUCUCUUCCUACCACUGCAAGGAUGGCCCUCUCCAGAUCACAGGGACCGCAUGGCUCCCCGUCCCUCCUCCUACCGGCUCCCCCUGCCUCCCCCUACUGCCCCUCCCCGUUCUCAGAUCCCUGCCGGAGUCCCGGUGGUGCCAUUCAGCACUACUGGAAGGUUUGCAUCUUUCCCUUGCACACUCCGACCCCUGGGACUACGUAAUCUGUAAUCCGAUGUGUUCUCUCCGGGAGACUCCCAGCAGCUCAGGCUUGUGAAGAAACUAUAAACAAAAUGUGAAUUUCCUGCCCCUCCCCCGCCCCCACCCCGAGGAAUUCUUAGCAGUUUUCUUGAAUCCCAGCAGACCUGCCCUUGACACCACUGAACCUUUUCCUAAGAAGCCAUGCACCCCAAUCACUCAGCAGUAAGGGUCAGAACUUGCACCAGCUUCAUGUUUAGGUGGGAUUGGAGGGGACGGGGACACCUCUCACUGUUUUCAUAGGAGGCACUUGGCUAUGCACACCGCAGAAGGGGCACUGCUCACAAACCACCUCAGGGAACUCCUUGGGGGCGGGAUAAAAGGAAGGAAGAAAACACCCUGGGGGUAGAGAGUGCAGGGUGGGGGGGAGGGAGGGAACUACAGCACAGCAGGGGAGCCAGCCUGAGCCGACGCGGCAGCCGGAGUCUUCCAGAGCCCAAAAUGCUAAGGACAUCCACUCCUGGGGGUGCUCUGAGGAGCUGGGCCCUCAGACUCCCUACUUCUUCGGGCAUUUGCCACCUCUGCCUCACAUUCUGGUUGGGCCAGGUGGGCUUGCUGCAGGGACAUCCCCAGUGCCUGGAUUAUGGGCCCCCCUUCCAGCCCCCGGUGCACCUCGAGUUUUGCUCAGACUACGAGUCUUUCGGCUGCUGUGACCAGCAUAAGGACCGCCGCCUCGCUGCUCGGUACAGGGACAUCAUGGAUUACUUUGACCUCCGGGGCCAUGAGCUGUGUGGGGGCUACAUUAAGGACAUCCUCUGCCAGGAGUGCUCGCCCUAUGCCGCUCAUCUCUACGAUGCUGAGAACCCUCGGACGCCCCUCCGGAACCUUCCUGGCCUCUGCUCUGACUACUGCUCCGCAUUCCAUUCCAGCUGUCACUCUGCCAUCUCCCUACUGACCAAUGACCGUCACCUGCAGGGCUCACAUGAAAAGGAUGGUGCCCAUUUCUGCCACCUCCUCAACCUUCCUGACGAGGACUAUUGCUUCCCUAAUGUCCUGAGGAAUGACCAUCUCAACCGCAACCUGGGUGUGGUGGCCGAGGACCAGCAGGGCUGCCUGCAGCUCUGCCUGACCGAGAUGGCCAAUGGGCUGAAGAACCCGGUCUCCAUGGUCCACGCUGGGGACGGCACCCAUCGCUUCUUUGUGGCCGAGCAGGUGGGCGUGGUAUGGGUCUACCUGCCUGAUGGGAGCCGCCUGGAGCAGCCCUUCUUGGACCUCAAGAAGAUCGUGUUGACUACUCCCUGGGUAGGGGAUGAGAGAGGCUUCUUAGGAUUGGCUUUUCAUCCCAGAUUCCGCCGCAACCGGAAGUUCUAUAUUUAUUAUUCAUGUCUGGGCAAGAAGAAGGUAGAAAAGAUCCGGAUUAGUGAGAUGAAGGUUUCUCGGGCUGAUCCCAACAAAGCUGACCCCAGAUCAGAAAGAGUCAUCUUGGAGAUAGAAGAACCAGCCUCAAAUCAUAAUGGCGGACAACUUCUUUUUGGUGUGGAUGGCUACAUGUACAUUUUCACUGGGGAUGGAGGACAGGCUGGGGAUCCCUUUGGCAAGUUUGGAAAUGCUCAGAACAAAAGUUCCCUGCUGGGGAAGGUGUUACGGAUCGACGUGAACAGGGCAGGCUCAGACAGCAGGCCUUACCGAGUGCCCCCGGACAAUCCGUUCGUGGCCGAGCCAGGGGCCCACCCCGCCGUGUAUGCCUAUGGGGUCAGAAACAUGUGGCGCUGUGCCGUGGACCGAGGGGACCCCGUCACGCGCCGGGGCCGAGGCCGGAUGUUCUGUGGGGACGUGGGACAAAAUAGGUUUGAAGAAGUUGACAUCAUUGUGAAAGGCGGGAACUACGGCUGGAGGGCCAAGGAAGGGUUUGAGUGUUACGACAGGAAGCUUUGUCACAAUGCCUCUUUGGGUGACAUUCUGCCAAUCUAUGCUUAUGGUCAUGCAGUGGGCAAGUCAGUCACUGGAGGAUACGUCUACCGUGGGUGUGAAUCCCCAAAUCUCAGUGGCCUCUACAUCUUUGGGGACUUCAUGAGUGGUCGACUUAUGGCUUUGCAGGAAGAUAGGAAAACCAAGAAAUGGAAGAAACGGGAUAUUUGCCUUGGCAACACUGCGUCCUGUGCCUUCCCAGGGCUGAUCAGCACCCACAGCAAGUUUAUCAUCUCUUUUGCUGAAGACGAAGCAGGGGAGCUCUACUUCCUGGCCACCGCCUACCCCAGCGCCUAUGCACCACACGGAUCGAUUUACAAAUUUGUUGAUCCAUCGAGGCGAGCACCCCCCGGCAAGUGCAAGUACAAGCCAGUGCCGGUGAAAACCAAGAGCAAGCGUGUCCCGUUCAGGCCGCUCGCCCAGACAGUCUUGGACUUACUAAAGGAGCAGUCGGAGAAAGCUGCUAGAAAAUUCUCCAAUGCAACUUUAGCCUCCAGUCCAGAGCAGGCCUCAUCUCAGAAAGGCCUCUCCAAGGAGUCCGCUUCUCCCACAAGCAGCAGGAAGGCGUCUCAAAGGCCUGGUACCAAGAAGAGAGCCAGAGUGUUGUCCCCAGGCCCCCAGGGCAAGAGGAAGCCAAGCCCCAAAUCCCCCAGGGGCCAGGGCCGGCCAUCAGCACAGCCGAGGCGGGCUGGCAGAAGUCUCCCUCGGCCUCUUCUGCCAAGGUGGCUGACCAGGGCACGUGCCAGGGGAGAACCACCUCGCCGCACGGAAGUGGGGCUGCUGAACGUGGGCAUUAGCUGAAUGAGAGGCAGAGCUGGAGGUGGGGCAGAUAGAAGGAACUUGACUUAGGGCCGGAGCAGUUGUCCUCUCUGCAGGAAUCUUGCUAUCUGAAUGGAUGGGUGCUCCUUCUCUGCUUCUGCGGAGGCAUCGGAUCCCACAUGGCCAGGGUGCUGGGCUAACCUCGGGCAGUGGUUAGCCUUGGACUCCCACUGCGCGUUCUCUUACUUCAUAAAUGCCUACAACUUAAGGUAAUAAAUCAAUAUUUGCUCCGUCGGCCCUGUAUCCUUUGAUCUUUUGGAUGUUCGCCUGGCAUUAAGAAAUCCGGUGUGCUUCAACAGUUUGUCUAAGAGCCCUGUUUCACUCUCUUGCCUCUUCCCAGGUCCAGGAGGAGGCCUGUAG